CAUAACCAUAAAAAGCUUGCCAUUAUUCAAGAAAACUUCCUGCAAGAACUUGACAUGGCAACAAUGAGAGAGAGGUGCAGGUGGUGUGGACUAUUGCUGGAAGUCCCUGUUCAGGCACAAACCAUAAUGUGUCCAGGCUGCCACACUCUCAUUCAGCUCCAACGAAACGCCCCUACCUAUGCCGCUUUACCCACCACAUAUGGCUAUACCAAUCCAAUGCCUGCACCUGCAGCCAAUGGCGGUUUACCCACCCCGUAUGGCUACACCAAUCCAAUGCCUACAGGCAACAACGUUUAUCCGGUGGAAUCUUACUAUGCACCAGCAGCCCCACCUCGAGUGCAGAAUAACAGGAGACGAGCUCUUCUCUGUGGGGUGACCUAUCGAGGCCACAAGAAGAGCCUUAAAGGCAGCAUUAACAACGUGAAAUGGAUCCGAAAUCUUCUGGUUGAGAAUCUGGGAUUUCCAACUUCAUCCAUUCUAAUCCUCACAGAGGAUGAGAGAGACCCUUACAGGAAACCAACCAAGGCCAACAUCAGAGAAUCCUUAAACUGGUUGGUGCGAGGUUGCCAGCCAGGAGACUCAUUGUUUUUCUACUAUUCCGGGCACGCCUCACAAGUGCUUGACCGUGAUGGCGAUGAGAUGGAUGGGUUUGAUGAAUCACUGUGCCCUAUGGACUAUGAGACAGAGGGGAGAAUACUAGACGAUGAGAUCAAUGAAAAAAUCGUAAGACCAUUACCUCGUGGAGUCACGCUUCACGCUGUCAUGGAUACCUGCUUCAGUGGAACCUUCCUGGAUCUGCCAUUCAUGUGCAGAAUGAACAGGGAUGGCUCUGCUAAGUGGGAAGAUCAUCGCAAUCCUUAUAGCGCAUAUAAAGGUACCAGCGGAGGAACAGCAAUAUGCAUUAGUGCCUGUGAUGAUCAUCAGAACUCUGCAGAUACAACGGCUUUCACAGGCACUACAAUGGGUGCCCUGACUUUUAGCUUCAUCGAAACAUUAAAGCAAGAGCCUAAGAUGACAUAUGGUCGAUUACUUAUGUCGCUACGCGAGCUGAUUGAUGAAGCGCAGAGGGGGAUAUUCCAUGAUGGAAGAGCUGCAACUCAGGUGCCUCAGCUGUCAUCUUCAGAGCGGUUCGACAUUCACUCCAAGAUUAUGAAUCUGUAGGAACUCAGAUGGUCAAAAUAUAGGCAUCCCUGCAUCACUGAUUUACUGGAAAUAAGUUACUUUCCAUGGUGUUAUCUUGUAAUACUAGCUUCUAUUAUGUAUGGUGACCAAGUACAAUAAACUCGACAAGUUCUCACAUUC